AAACGAGGACCCGGGGCUCCGGGCUCGACUUCCGUUUGUCUUGGUAGUCAGGGCAGCCCUGAGAUCUGGAAGAAGCUGGGCGGGGGGUUUCGGAGUGCCGGAGAGGCCGCGGGAGAGGGAAACGGUAGCGUUCCUCAGGAGGGGACUCGGGACCGUCUCAUCACGCGGAACCGCUGCCCCGCGCCCGGGUGCGCGCGGGAGGCGGAGCCAGUUCAGAGGAGGGGACCCUUUACGAACAGAGGCUUCUCCCGAAAAAGCCACACAUUCCUGCCCAAGAUCUUCUUCCACAAGAUGUCAUCCUCAGGGGCCAAGGACAAGCCUGAGCUGCAGUUUCCCUUCCUUCAGGAUGAGGACACGGUGGCCACGCUGCAAGAGUGCAAGACGCUCUUUAUCUUGCGCGGCCUGCCAGGAAGCGGCAAGUCCACGCUGGCACGGGCCAUCGUGGACAAGUACCGUGAUGGCACCAAGAUGGUGUCGGCUGACGCUUACAAGAUCACCCCCGGCGCUCGAGGGGCCUUCUCCGAGGAGUACAAGCGGCUCGAUGAGGACCUGGCUGCCUACUGCCGCCGCCGGGAUAUCAGAAUUCUUGUGCUAGAUGACACCAACCACGAGCGGGAACGGCUGGAGCAGCUCUUUGAAAUGGCCGACCAGUAUCAGUAUCAGGUGGUGCUGGUGGAGCCCAAGACGGCGUGGCGGCUGGACUGUGCCCAGCUCAAGGAGAAGAACCAGUGGCAGCUGUCGGCCGAUGACCUGAAGAAGCUGAAGCCUGGGCUGGAGAAGGACUUCCUGCCGCUCUACUUCGGCUGGUUCCUGUCCAAGAAGAGCUCCGAGAUCCUCCGCAAAGCCGGCCAGGUCUUCCUGGAAGAGCUGGGGAACCACAAGGCCUUCAAGAAGGAGCUGCGACAAUUUGUCCCUGGGGAUGAGCCCAGGGAGAAGAUGGACUUGGUCACCUACUUUGGAAAGAGACCCCCAGGCGUGCUGCACUGCACUACCAAGUUUUGUGACUAUGGGAAGGCUCCCGGGGCAGAGGAGUAUGCUCAACAAGAUGUGGUAAAGAAAUCUUACUCCAAGGCCUUCACACUGACCAUCUCUGCCCUCUUUGUGACACCCAAGACGACUGGGGCCCGGGUGGAGUUGAGUGAGCAGCAGCUGCAGUUGUGGCCGAGUGAUGUGGACAAGCUGUCACCCACUGACAACCUGCCGCGGGGGAGCCGCGCCCACAUCACCCUUGGCUGCGCAGCUGACGUAGAGGCCGUGCAGACGGGCCUUGACCUCUUAGAGAUUCUACGGCAGGAGAAGGGGGGCAGCCGAGGCGAGGAGGUGGGCGAGCUAAGCCGGGGCAAGCUCUAUUCCUUGGGCAAUGGGCGCUGGAUGCUGAACCUGGCCAAGAACAUGGAGGUCAGGGCCAUCUUCACGGGGUACUACGGAAAAGGCAAACCCGUGUCCACGCAAGGCAGCCGGAAGGGGGGCGCCUUGCCGUCCUGCACCAUCAUAUGAGUGUUCUCACCACCACAUAUGCCCCUAGAAGGGAAGGGGAGGAGAGGGAAAUGUGCCCUCUGCUUGAUCCUUGUUUUGUGAUUUUUUUUUUUUUUUUUUUUUUUACUCAAAGUUAACUUACCUGUAACUUUUUAAAAACUUGUAAAAUAACUGACCCUCCCUUCCUGUCCGUCCUCUUCCCCUCUAAUGCUCACACUCCCAACACAAGGUGGGCGAGGAGGCACCAUUCAGGAACCUGGACCAAAGCUAACGAGGCUGGACCAAGCCAGGAAUGGGGCUACAGCCAGAACCCCGAGCCCUACUUCCAGGUUCUGGUUAGCUCAGCCCCAGCCCAGCCGCUCUGCCCAGAGCUGGGCGAGUGGGGAGACACCUCAGAACCCCGCAAAACCCACUGACCAGAGGCAAAAGGCAAUGGGGCUGAGGGUAGUUUUCCAUGGUCACAGAGAACUAGUGGUGGCUUUGAGAAAGGGAGGACCUCUAGGCUUUGAUUCCAUCUCCUUGUCUUUUUUCUUUCUUUGUUUUUAGAGCCAGGGUCCUGCUGUCUCCCAGGCUGGAGUGCAGUGGUGUGAUCAUGGCUCACUGCAGCCUCGAACUCCUGGGCUCAAGCCAUCCUCCUGAGUGAUCCCAUUUCUUAAUCAGCAUAGCCCCAAGAAGGCUGGGGCUAUUUACCAGGGUAGAAAAAGGAGCUUACCUCCCAUCUUUGGUCCUAAGUCCCUGCCCCCUCCCCUGCACACCAUAACUAGGUAACAGUUUGAUAGCUAGGGAAGAAAGCAGAACAGUUAAACAGCCGCCACAUCCCCGCUGGCUGGGGGCCUCACUCCAGGAAGGGGCUGGACUGGCCAUCCUUUCCAGUGGUGUGACUCCGCUGUGUAGAUGGGGAAAUCGAGGCCAGAGGCAGCACCCUGGUGAGGAAGCUCCAGUCCUGCUCUCUACCCAGCCCAUUUUGCCUCCAUGGUGCCUCUGGAGGCCUCUGGGCCUCCUCUAACGGGGGCUGGUGGGCACCAAGAGCCAAUGGAGUAGACCCUGGCUGGUAAGGGCCAAGUCCCACCGGUUGCUUCUGGGAAGGGGUUUCUAACACUGGUCUAUGUGCUUUGGUUCCUGGGGUGCCCUCCACUGCCCUCUAUUCAGUAACAGGGCCUUGCUAAUCAGGUUGUCACUCAACAAAAGUACUUUGGAUUUAAGUUACUAUCCUGGCUUUGCCCAACCUCAGCAACUUGUAAGACUGAUAAUGAAAUAAAUCAUGUUAAUCCUAGCUGUGUGCAGUCUCUCUUACCCUUCUGUGCCCAGCUCAGUCUUCCCUAGGGCUGGGUGUAUUAGGACUGGCUUUGUCCCACAGCUUGGGGCCAUCGGUCCUGUCUCCCCUCUGCUGGCCGGGCACAGCUGUGGUGAGGUUGGGCAGCUGAACAGUGUUGGCUUUCAUGAGGAGGCAGAAAGCAGAGGCUGGCCUCAGACUCAUACAGAAGGUGGGGGUUGGCUGGGUAUGAGGGACAUGGAGCACAAAAGCCUCUCAUCCCCCAUUAACCAGGGCACCAGGCCCACAGGUGUCCUCAGCCCACUGGAUCAGAAAGCUCUCAGUAAGACCUGAAGCUCCUGGUAUGGGUUUCUCCCAGUUCUCUAGGGAAGGCCACCUGUAGGUCACUGCAACUUCAAGCACCAGGGAAGACCUAACAUUUGAGUCCCUUCCAGGCCAUCAGAGGCCUAGACAGCCACAAGGGAAACUUCCCAGGCCUGACUCAGGCAUCAUUUCACCAUGGCUAAGGCACCAGCCGGGGAAGGCUUGAAAGAAAGGGGCAGGAGCUCAGAUGAAGAGAAAUCCUAAGUUACCUUUCUAGGUCAAGGCCUGUCCCUGGCCAUCUCUGAGCUUCAGCUAGAGCUUCAAGUCUCUGUCUAGAGCUCCUGGGAAAGCUACUUACGUUGAACACCAUGCUUGACAGGACAGCAUGGUGCAUGCCGCUGCAUCCGUGAGCAGCGUGUCUCCUGCAUGCAGAAAGGGAGCAGAGGCGGCCAGGGGUUUUUGCUAAAAAUAGUGAGUGGCCAGACCAGAGCUCUGGAGCCACCUGUCCCACUUCAAACAGGUCUGGGGGUCAGGAGGCAGGGUUUUAUCUCGGUCUACCAUCUCCCUCAAACCCACACUGCAACAGGAACUGUGAGAGCCUUUGUAAGUAAACUGCCCUGUCUAGGUCAGUACCCACCUGAGCUUUGGACGCACACAGCUUCUAGUGAUUUCUGGGGCCCCACUGUAAAGUGAGCAUGCUUUCUGAACUCGCUUCUCCGUGACUGAUGUCAGGCUGGGCCCAGCGGCACAGCCAGGGCCUGCCUAGUACUCACAUGCUGCACAGGUCUGGGAGAGGCAGAGUGCCCCACCUGCCACUAGGCUUGGUGCCCACAGCCCACCUGCGGCAGCUUGCUGCACCCGAAGUCCAGGUCGGCCUCAGCUCUGGCUCACAGACUAUGGAGACAAAGCAGAUGCCAGAGCAAAGGGCCAGAAAGGGUCAAAACAUUUUAUUCUCUUCUUUUUUUUCUUUUUUAAUAAAGUUAAACAGUAAA